UGUGUGUAAACCCUAACCUUUUGUACAUUAUACAAAAAAUUACUAUCACAUUAUUAUUACGCCAUUUUAUUCUGAUGGAUCGAUAAAAUUCAAACAGUUUGUAAUCAAUAUUUACAAGUCAGAUAGUUAUUCUUUUAUGAUUCUUAUAAAUAAACAUACCUACUGUCUGUACAUAAGGACAAACGCUUAAAAAAAGUUCACAAACAAAUAGUACUAUGUAUAAUAACGAAAACAAUAAUAAUUAUAAUUAUAAUCAAGGAAUAAAGUUACAUCGAAAAAGACAAAGAACAGAGAAUAGUCAAAAUAGUUACACGGAUUCAUAUUGUCUUAAUGUUACAAAACCACCAUUACAUACACAUAAAACAAGUCAACCAGCAAGUAUUAAACGAAAAAGAAUUGAAAAAAGAUCAUCUAAAUCACCAAUGAUGCGAAAAUUGAAAAUAAGUAAAAAACGUAUACAUUCACCUUCAAUUAGAAAAUUUAAACAAAUAUCAAUGAAGAAGUUCAAUCGACGCAUAUUUAAACAACGCCGGAGUCCAUUUAAAAUCAGGAAGUCAUUCUUAAAAAAAUUGAAACCAUUGAAUAAAAGCGGUCAAAAGAAAAGAAAACGCUCAAAUAUUAUCCAUCGAUCUGUAUUAUCCUGUGCUCCGAAACAAAGAUUUUUAUCAAUCUCUAAAUUUAUGAGAUGUAAUGCUCCUGUGAUGCAAAGAAAGCGACACAAGUUUUCAUCACCAUCACUAUCAUCAAGGUCAUCCUCCUCAAUGUCACCGGUUAAGCGUAAUAAUCAAUCAAUGAAGAGUCGAAAACGGUUGAUUUCCAAAAAAUCACCAUCAUUUCAACGCCUAUCACCAAAAAAACCACACAGUCCAGAAUUAUGUAGACGAAGUACUUAUUCACCAGUAGUCUCAAAACUAUGGUCAUCUCGGUUAAGACCAAGACCAUUGAAAUCUGCACGAUUCAGUUGUUAUCGUCCAGUAUGUCUUAAUAGAAUACAUGCUAAUCCAUAUGAUCACUACACGAAUAAACAAACCCCGAUAAAACAAACUGCCGUUAAAAAAGAUAAACUAAAAGGAAGUAAUAAAAGUGAAAAAAGUAGUGGAUUGAAGAGUCAUCAUCGUCGGCGAAGAAGUCGCAGUAGUAGUAGUAGUAGAAGAAGAAGUAGUAGUAGUGGUAAGAAUAUGUUUAGAAAUUGUAAUAAUGUAAAUAACAAUGAGAACAGUAACGUUGAACAAGUGAUAAUUGAAAAUGAAACUGAAACCGAUAUCUGGUAUGAUGCUAUGGAAACAAAUAAUUUGAAUGGUGAUACAAAUUAUUCAAAUGUUGAAUGUUCAACAGAUAAACAAUUGAAACUAGAUCAUGCCUUGUCCAGUGGCGGCAGCGGCAGCAAUAAUAAUAAUGACAAUACUAAUAAUGAUAAUAAUAGUAGUAGUAAUAAUAAUAGCAUCUAUAAUGUAUAUCUCAUUGUAUCAACAAUAAUGUAA